CUCCUCAUCCCAAGGGUGGGAAAUGGAACAAGAAACUCAGAGGAAUUUGAGGGGUGAUGGGGCUGUACCUCGACUGGCUGCACGUCCACGGUUUUCCGCCGCCGGCUCCCAGCCACCAUUUCCUCCUCUUCCUUCUCAUCACCGGGCUUAAGCUCGGCUGCGGUGGGGGCGGCCAAAACGCUCUCUGUGCUAAAUCGGUUCCUUUUGCGGACAGACACCCGCCGGCGGAUACGGGAACCGCCAUCAUCCAUGGCAGGGGCUGAGGGCCCUCCCCGAACGUCGUCUCCAGUGACCCAGCCGCCAAACCCCAGUAGAAGGGGGAAGCACACCGGAAGGGGCUGGUCCGGCGCUUUGGAAAACGGAAGAGGAGGGGCAAGGGGCCAUGGCGGCUGUGGUGUCUCUUUGCAGCCGGUUGGGGAGGAGAAAGUCGACAGACUUCGUGAAUGCUGCUGUCUGCCUUACGGAUCCCGGGACUCAUGCAGUGCUGUGGAGAAGUUGUUCACAAUAUAAACAGGUAGCCAGCAACGAGGACCUUCCUGUUCCAAUGGAAAAUCCUUAUAAGGAGCCUCUGAAAAAAUGUAUCUUGUGUGAAAAACAUGUAGAUUAUAAGAAUGUGCAGCUUUUAUCCCAGUUUAUUUCUCCUUUUACUGGAUGCAUUUAUGGAAGGCACAUAACAGGUCUUUGUGGGAAGAAACAAAAAGAAAUUACAAAAGCAAUUAAGAGAGCUCAAAUACUGGGGUUUAUGCCAGUUACAUACAAGGAUCCUGCAUAUCUCAAAGACCCUAAAGUUUGUAACAUCAAAUACAGGGAGUAAAUUAUAUAAAGUUAUCAAUAAACUUAGCAAUAUUUGUGUGAUGAUAAUAUUGACUCAAACUAUAAGAUUUAAUAACCUUUGAACAGAAAAUUAAUAGGUUAAUUCUUACCAAAAUACAAAGUAUUAAGGUUUUUUUUUUUUUUUUUUUUUUUAAGGGCCACAUGUGUGACCCUUGGAAGUUCCCAGGAUAAAGGUCGAAUCAGAGCUGCAGCUGCUGGCCUAUGCCACAGCCACAGCCACAGCAGGAUACAAGCUGCCUCUCAGACCUACAGCACAGCUCAUGGCAAUGCCAGAUCCUUAACCACCAAGUGAGGCCAGAGACUGAACCUGUAUCCUCAUGGAUACUAGUUGGGUUUGUUAUUGCUGAGCCACAACGAGAACUCCUAAAGUAUUAAGUGUUUGUUAAUAACUUGAAAUCAUAUGAGGAGAAAAUGGUUUGGGAUGGAGCUUCCUCUUCAUAUGAGAACGUUCGUUAAAUAAAUCAGAUUAUUUACAAUGUUGACACUCAUUACAUUUUACUUACAUAUGAAUAAAAAAAUUGGUACUGUG